AUGGUUCUCUUUUACCUAUUAAUCCUCUUGGCCGCUACUACCUCUGCUGUGGUAUCUCAAUUUCAAGGUCCAAUCGGAGUAUGCAACGGGCGAGUCGGCAACAAUCUACCACCGGAGCACGACGUCGUCGAGCUCUACAAAGCCAACGGAAUAAAAAAAAUGCGAAUCUACUACCCUAACCCGGCCACCAUCGCCGGCCUCCAAGGCUCCGACAUCGAGCUCCUCCUCGGCGUCCCCAACACAGACCUCCCCUCCCUCCAAUCCGACGCCACCGCAUGGAUCCAAACCAACGUCAUUCCCCACUUUCCCGCCACCAAAAUCCGCUACAUCGCCGUCGGCAACGAAAUCGACCCCUCCAAUUCCGAAUUUGCCCCUCUCCUUCUCCCCGCCAUGCAAUCCAUCUACAACGCCCUCUCAAAAUUCGGACUACAAACCCAAAUCAAGGUCUCCACCGCGGCCUAUUCCGCGAUACUAGCGUCCACCUCUCCGCCCUCGGCGUCCGUCUUUAAAGACGCCUCGUUCAUGGCUCCAAUCGUCGAAUUUUUGGUGAAGAAAGAAUCUCCACUUCUGGUCAACAUAUAUCCUUACUUUGCCUACCUCGCAGACAAGAAUAUAAGUCUCGAUUUCGUCUUGUUUAAUUCGGAACGAGUAGAAUUUGUUGACAAUGGAUUGGAGUAUAGGAACAUAUUUGAUGCUAUGGUUGACGGGGUUUACUACGCGCUGGAGAAGGCCGGAGGGGGCGGUGUGGAGGUGGUGAUUUCGGAGAGUGGGUGGCCGUCCGGGGGAGGAGAUGGGGUGGUGGAGAGUGUUGAGAAGGCGGCGAUUUAUUACCGGAAUUUGAUAGGGCACGUGGAAGGAGGAACACCGAAGAGAAAGGGGAAAGCGUUGGAGACAUACUUGUUUGGCAUGUUUGAUGAGAAUGAGAAGAGUGGCAGUGCAACCGAGCAGCAUUUUGGCCUCUUUAAUCAUAUUGAUAAAACUCCUAAAUACCAACUAGCACCAUCACACUAG